AUGGAUCGAGUGCAGGCAUUCGGAAAGAACUUCAGCGCAAACUUCACACCUUUUGCGCAGCGUACCCAGCAGUUGAUCAAGGAGCAGCUUGGCCAAGCCGACGACAAGACCCAACUUCCGGAUGAAUACAUCGAGCUCGAGAAGCGCGUCGAUGCGCUCAAGCUCGUCCACCAGAAGCUCUUGCAGGUGACGUCCCAAUACUCCAACGAGGCCUACGACUACCCUCCCAACAUCCGCGAAUCCUUCAACGACCUGGGCCGCACCAUCAACGAGAAGGUCCAGCUCCUCUCGCAGGCAGGCUCGCCCGCCGAAGCCCAAGCCGCCCUGACCGCCCCACCAAGCGCAAAGCCCCAGCCCAAGACCUUCAACCACGCCAUCGCACGCGCCUCCCUGGCCGGCUCGCAGACCCUCGCGCAGAGCUCCGAGGCCGAGGACCCGCUCGCCAACGCGCUUGAGAAGUAUGCCCUGGCUGAGGAGAAGGUUGGCGAGGCCCGUCUCGCUCAGGAUGCGCAGAUCCAGUCCCGCUUCCUGGCUGGCUGGAAUACCACUCUUAACACCAACUUGAUGUUUGCCGCUAAGGCGCGCAAGAACGUUGAGAAUGCCCGCUUGAUGCUUGACUCUGUUAAGGCUAGCAAGAAGGCUGCUGCUCAUGGUGAUCUCGACAACCUCAGUGAAGACGCCCGUGCCGAGAUCGAGCAGGCUGAGGAUGAGUUCGUUGGUCAGACUGAGGAGGCCGUGAGCGUGAUGAAGAACGUCCUUGAUACCCCCGAGCCCCUGCGCAACCUGGCCGACCUGAUCGCCGCUCAACUUGAGUUCCACAAGAAGUCUUAUGAGAUCCUCAGCGAGCUUGCCCCGACUGUGGAUGCACUGCAGGUCGAGCAGGAGGCUAGCUACCGCAAGAGCCGUGAAGGCGCGUAA